AUGGCAGAAAUAGAACAUUACGUUGAUCCUGACAAAAAAGAUCACGCACGUUUUGAUGAAGUAAAAGACAUUAAGCUUCGACUAUUGCCUCAGUCAAUACAGGAAGAGGGCAAAUUAGAACCUGUUGAGAUGAGUAUUGGUGAAGCAGUUAAUAAAAAAAUAGUUGAUAAUCAGACACUAGGUUAUUUUCUUGCAAGGAUACAUUUAUUUUUACUCAAACUUGGAAUAAAAUAUGAAAAACUUCGUUUUCGUCAACAUAUGCCAAAUGAGAUGGCACAUUAUGCCUGUGAUUGUUGGGAUGCAGAAAUUCAAAGUAGCUAUGGAUGGAUUGAAUGUGUUGGAUGUGCAGAUCGUUCAGCAUAUGAUUUAACAGUUCAUUCGAAUCGUACAAAAGAAAAACUUGUGGUGCGGGAAAGUUUACAAACACCAAUAGUUUAUGAGAAGACAAUUUUGGAAAUAAACAAAAAAGUGUUUGGGCCCAAAUUUCGACAAAAAUCCAAAAUUGUUGAAGAAUAUUUGGUAGGAUUAAAUGAUAUUGAACUUGACAACUUGAAAAAAGCAUUAGAUGAUGGUGAUGGAAAAACUAAUGUUACUGUUGGAACAGAUGGUGAUACAUAUGAAAUUACAAGUGAUUUAGUCACCAUUAGCCGUCAAACAAUCUCAGAGCAUGGUAUAAUUACUAUAUUACACUAA